ACUCGCAUAUAUUAUUGUGUAAAAUUGACGUAAACUCUUGGAAGUUCUCUGCUUAACGUCAAUAUCUAAUUUUAAAAAUGACUAAUUAUUCGGAAUUUUUAAAGAAAGUUUUUAGCGAUAUUGGUCAGCGUUCAGCAUAUUCGCAAAUGCUAAUUGGUGUCACUUCAGGAUGGGCAACAGGAUUUACCACAAUGAAGAUAGGCAAAUUUGCUGCUUUUGCCGUGGGCGGCAGCAUUAUCUUGCUGGAAAUUGCACACCAAGAAGGGCUUAUAAAAAUAAAUUGGACAAAGUUGGAUAAGAGCGUUGAUAAGCUUGCCGAUAAAGUGGAAGCUUCGUUAGGUCGUGAGAAAAAUUGGAAGGAUAAGACCGAAAGAUAUGUCGACAACCAAUUGGAUAGGGCUGAAAGCCUCUUGACAAGAAACGGCAAGAAGGUACAGAAGUGGUAUACCAAACUAAUUGGCGAUGAAGAGGGCCCGAAAGUAAACGAUCUGCACAUUUUUCUGGCAUCAUUCUUCGGUGGCGUUGCCCUAGGUAUUGCGACCGGAUAAUUUAAUUGUCGAUGGCACAAGUACAUUUAAAUACCAUAUGGUUAUUAUGAACAAAUCUCACUAAAUAAAGGUAAAAAAAAAUAUAUAUAAACGGAAAUC